AUGGGCUUGGCGGUUGCGUACCCGCUUCAGUACCUGGCCGGCGCAGCGGAGGGGCCAGGUGGGCACCAUGGACAGAUUGGAGGGAUUCCGGGGAGCGACGAGCCGUUCCCUGCGGAACCUGUCGAUACUGCUGCGUUUUGGUGGAAGGUUGCCAUCUCGGUUGUCUUGGUCUUGGCGGGUGGUGUCUUUGCCGGACUCACGCUAGGACUUAUGGGACAGGAUGUCAUGAAUUUGAAGGUGUUGGAGGCGUCGGGGACGCCGCUUGAGAGGAAGCAUGCGCAUAGAGUUCUGUCGUUGUUGGAGAGGGGAAAGCAUUGGGUUCUGGUUACGUUGUUGUUGUCGAACGUCAUUACGAACGAGACGUUGCCAAUCGUGGCGGAUUCGGUGCUGGGAGGUGGAUGGCCUGCUAUCGUCAUCUCGACCGUUUCCAUCGUUAUUUUCGGAGAGAUUAUUCCGCAAAGUAUGUGUGUUAGGUAUGGAUUGGGCAUCGGAGCUCGGUGUGCGCCGUUUGUGGUGGGGUUGAUGUACGUGUUGUAUCCCGUUGCGUACCCGACUGCGAUGUUGCUGGAUUGGGCGCUGGGCGAGGACAUGGGAACGAUGUACAAGAAGGCGGGGUUGAAGACCUUGGUCAGUCUCCAUGGAAACUCUGCGUUGCAUUCCCAUGCAGAGGCAUUGAACGAGGAUGAGGUCACGAUUAUCAGUGCGGUAUUGGAUUUGAAGGAGACACCGAUUGGGGAUGUCAUGACCCCUAUCGAGGAUGUUUACGUUAUGAGCGCGGAACAUGUUUUAGAUGAGAAGGUCAUGGAUGAGAUCUUGAGUGCUGGGUAUUCGAGAAUUCCGAUUCAUGCGCCUGGACAACCUACGAAUUUCAUUGGUAUGUUGUUGGUGAAGACGUUGAUUACGUACGACCCUGAGGAUGCGCGUCCCGUUUCUUCUUUUGCGCUCGCUACGCUGCCCGAGACGGCUUGCGAGACGUCGUGUUUGGAUAUGCUCAACUGGUUCCAGGAAGGAAAGUCGCAUAUGGUCAUCGUAUCCGAACACCCGGGUGAGAAUCACGGUGCGUUGGGUGUUGUUACCUUGGAAGACAUCAUCGAGGAGUUGAUCGGAGAGGAAAUCGUGGACGAGACGGAUGUCUUUAUUGAUGUGAGGGGUCACUUGAAGAGAGCCAUGAACCCCAAUUUGUUGAGAAAGAGGUAUACGCAGCGUGUUGCAUCCGCGUAC